AAUGAAGUGAAAAGCGAAACGUCGCCAUUUUCACAGUUUUAAGGAAGAUAUUUGACAGCAGUUUGGGAUUACUAUUGAGAGUUCAGGAUGGCUGGCCAGGAUCCCACCUUCCAAGGAACAGCCACACCUGGUGCAAUCACAGAAUCAUCUAUGUUGCUCAAUGAAUUUUGGCCAAAGGUUUCAGGAGAAAUAAAUUUAAUGAACAAUUCAACUUUUAAGACACACGAACUUCCACUAGCCAGAAUUAAGAAAAUCAUGAAACUGGAUGAAGAUGUCAAGAUGAUAAGUGCUGAAGCACCUGUUUUAUUUGCUAAAGCUGCAGAAAUCUUCAUUAGUGAAUUAUCUUUAAGGGCAUGGGUGCACACAGAAGACAACAAAAGACGAACACUUCAGAGGAAUGACAUUGCCAUGGCAAUUUCAAAAUUUGACCAGUUCGAUUUCCUGAUUGAUAUUGUUCCGAGGGAGGAACUCAAACCAGCUAAGAGACAGGAAGAUAAUGUGCGAACAACGUCAAUGAUGGCGGAUCAGGUUCAGUAUUAUUUCCAGCUGGCUCAGCAAGCCACUGGUAACCUGCAGCAGCAGGCAGCCCAGACUACAGCGCAGACAGGAGCCGUGCAGGCAAGUCCUGUACAAGCCACACAGGCUACCACCCAAGCCAUUGCCAAUCAACUCCAAGUUCCAGCUGGACAGCAGAUUAUACAGCAACCAUUUCAGAUCCAGCUUGGACAGCCAGGACAGACACAGCCUGUUCCUGCAAAUGCAGGUCAACCCCAAACCCAAGUUAUUCAAGUCCAGGCACCAGCACAACAGCAGCAACAGCAGCAACAGCAGCAGCAACAACAACAACAGCCACAAAUUCAAUUACAUCAAACACAGCCAGCACAGCAGCUGCAACAGCAGACAACACAAGUGUUCCAACAAGUCAUUACUCCAUCGGGUGAAGUACAGAAUGUUCCAAUCCAAUUGACUCCGGCACAGUUCCAGGCCAUUCAGUUACAGCUCCAGGGGAAGCAAUCCAGUCAGCCUAUUGUCAUUCAGACACCUCAGUCACAACCCACUGAUGUGCAGUUUACAGCAGCAGCCGCACAGCAGCCCAUGUUCCAAAUCCAGCAGCUGCCCAGUGGUCAGCAGGUUUACAUACAGCACACGGCUCAGGGAGGGGGAGACGGUACAGACCAACAGACAGAUGGACAGGACACCACAUAGCCCUGACAAAAACAGAAUACUUCAGAGGAGGAAAUCUCUUUGUGUGUCAGAGACCAGUAAGCACACCAGACUGGGGCCUUGUUUGUCAGACGUAACAAUAUGGAUACUGCAGGAAACAGAGGAACAGUGCUUGUAUUCUGUGCUGCAGUUUGCCUGAAUUAACUGUAUUGGUGCUGUUGGUGUAAGAAAUGGCGAGAAAUAUUCCAUGACAGAUCUGCACAGUACUGCCAAGCCAUUAUUUGCCUCAGACUAGCUGCAUGUGUUUGGAGAUAAAACUGGCUGCAAGGGUAUGAUGUUACAUGUACGAGUGAUUUCAUACGAAGGACACCUAACCAUGAGUCAUGGUUGUCCCUUGCGGGGAGUAUCAGUAUGUACAUGCUAUCAUUUAAGACGAAGGACAUGUGAAUGAUCAUCACACUGUAAGGUAACUGGUGUUAAUGCCAUGGGUGUAAAGUGUUCACCUUAUCAGAUAUGAAUAUUGAACUUCAUAAUUAUUGGUUCUGCUACAGAAUGGGAUUAUUGUCAUUCCAGUGGUAGAGAAUAUGAAGUCUUGUGUAGUUUUACUGAAUUGUUAAAAUGAGAUAUGAAAUUUUAAAUUUAACUUAUAUAUUAAUAUGUAGGCUCAGACAUUCAGAGGUAAUGUUACAAUACACACAUAAUUUGUCAAGACUAUUUUUACAUGUAGAAUACUACUUUGUGUUUUAUUAUCAGAUAUGUGGCGUUAACUUUGCUUUUGAAGCUAAAAACUGAACUAUUUAAGGACGGCCCAUAUUUUUAUGACAAGCAUGGACGUACACCACUGGUGAGCCUAAAAUGUUGGAAUUCAUAAAUUUGACAGAUUUAAAUUUUCUCAUUUUACAGAUUUAAUAUCUUAAAAAAACUUUUCAGUUUUUGUUUAUAUUUCUUAGAAAUAUGAUUGUAUAAAUUAGUAAUACAUUUACUUGUGCAUGUAUUCAAUACAUACCGAUUCUCUGGAGGUGUUUUUCAUGAUAUACAUGUACAUGUGACUCUCGCUGGGAUGCAUUUCAAAAUUUGCUUUCGAACUUGUCAGUUUCCAUGGAUUUAACCAAUUAAUCUCCAGUAAAAUUUGUCCGCAUAAAAUUUCCUUCAUCAGGUUUCUCAUUGUUAUUUAUAAACUGUUUAUCUAAUUAAAGAUAUUGAAUAUUCUUAGCUGUGGCUUUUUAUGUAGAAUAACCACUACUUUUAUCUGUUUUGGCACCAUGAUUUUGGGAGACAUUGUUGCAGACAAAUUUCAGAAAAGAUGCUUUCUAAGACAUGUUUUCAAGUUUCAAAAAUAGAUUCUGCCACCAGAAGCAAUACAGUUGAUGCAGAAGUUGCAGGUAUACAUGUAGAUGAUGCAGUUUGAAUACUUUCAGAACAAUAGUAGACAAAGUAUUAUAACAGAUGAACCAAAGUAACUAUCAGCAAAGUACACUAGUGCACAUGGGCCACUUUCUCAAAACUGCAUACAGUAUUUCCCAUAAAAUUUUUGCAAACGAUGUUAAAGGUCAAGGUGAUUUGAUGUAUGAAGAAAGUUAUGGAAAAAGUAAUUUAAGAAGUUAUGGGCUCUGCUUGGUUUCCUCCACUAAUAAAAAGUGAAAUAUUUUGGAGCAUGCAAAACACUAUAUUGGUAUAAAUUAAUACUUAAAAUUUAUGUCCACUCUAAAUAUUACAGAAUUUCUCCAAAGUCUGUUUUUUCAUAAGGAGUAAAUUUGAUUUUUUUGCUUGUAUAUUAAUAAGAUGCUGUGUUAAAUUGUUGUUAAUGGCUGUCUCGUGAACAAUUCAAAGAAGAGAACUGCAUUAGCAGUGAGGUCAGAAUUCAAGUUGGCAUUUUGGGAGUUAUUCCUGGCAACUUCGGUUCAUUUCAUGUCAAAUAUCAUUUAAUAAAGGGUGGCAUAUGAUCCACAAAUUCA